AUGGCCAGCUCACCAGUACCUUCCCCAAAGACCCAGCUCGGUGUUAACCGAGUUCUGGGUCCAAAUUGCUCUCUUAAGGUCUCUCCGCUUUGCCUAGGUGCCAUGAACUUCGGGAGAAAUAUGAAUGGGGCACUUUGUCUUUCGCUAGGUUUCCUAUGCUCAUUGAUUCCCAGGAGUGCAGUCAGUGGAACAUUCGACAAAGAAACUACAUACAAGAUUCUGGACGAAUUCCGCGCCUCUGGUGGCAACUUCGUCGACACUGCCAAUAUGUAG